AUGACAGCCACUAUCAAGCAGGAUGCGCUGGAAGAAGGGUCAAGAUUCCGCCCAUACAAGAUCCAAAUGCCUGCAUUGAUCUACCAGGCACUUCACAGAGUGUAUGAUUCACUUCCCGCAGAAUACCGGCCAGCAAUGUCAGGACAAAAUUGGAUUCGCAGUCUCAGACUAGGCACAAACAUCGGCACACGGGUGAUCUUUGCCUUCUAUCACAACACAUGCGACAAAGGCGGUUUCCCCGAUGCCUUCCACGACGCAUGGUUCUACUCUCUGAUCCGACCCCUUCUCCGAGAUGCUGUUAGAGCAAUUCAGCAUGGGUAUCCGAUCAGCCCAGAACCUAUUGACGGAAGACUUUGGGUUGCUGCACGGCAGUACCCGAAAUGUGAUCUCGAUGAGUACGGAGCGGUCCUUACGGAUGCGCCAGGGGAGGAAUUUAUACCACUGCAGGAAUUUUGCAGCGAGGAUAUCGAGUCUGCUAUUGAAGAUGAUACAGAUGAUUCGUUGACUAGACUCUGA